GUUUACUUCCGAACAUCUUUAGAAUUAAAACAAUAACAACAUGGUAGCCAUAUUUAUCUGGUUUGGAUUCUAUUUACCUGCAUCAAUACAAGGAUCCCCGGCUUGUCCAAAUGAAGGCCUUCCUGUAAUUAACAUGUGCAAGGGAGGCUCUUUGGUAAAAUCAAAUUUACUGAUGGACUUUUCCUUCGCUCAGCACUCGUCCGUCACAACAUGUCGAUGCGAGAUUCUCGUCAUAAAAGGGAGGCAAUUCCAUUUCAGCCAAGUUACCGCCCCUGGUUACGUGGGAUGUGGCUCGGAGAUCCACGUUCAGAAGAAUGAUAAACCACAUUCAGGGGACAUAAUCCCAUGCUAUGGGGGAACAACUGUUCCUGGACUUAAGGAGGGCAAUACCCUGCAGAUUACGAUAAUGAAACAUAAUUCACCGUUUGACGUUCAUUACUGUUACAGGCUGGAUAUAACUGGUGCUACCGAUGCUGCAAUGUCUGUUACUUGUUAUAAUGAAAUAAUCCAACUAACAACAACUGAGCAAAUCUCGACAACAGCAAGUACGGAAAUCGUCACACAAACUAAUGACGUCACCACUAUCUUUUGGAAUACAAGCCAAUCAGAGACGUCUUUGAAAAACAAGAACCUGAAUUUGGCACCAUAUGUAAACAAUCAAGAAUGCAACAAGUCAACCCUUUAUACAGUGAUUGCACUCUUGCUGGUGCUUCUAACGGCAGUUGCGUGCUAUGCUGCCAUAAUCACCUUCAAGUUUUUUACCAGAGAUUAUAAAAAAUCAGAAAAGUUACAGCAAAAUAAUGAUAUCUAUGAAGAAAUUCCCGCCAGAAACUAUAUAAGUUCAACACCAGUUUAUGAAACGGAAGUGCAAAAGCGUCGCUAUAGCAACUGUCAAAAUGGUGACCAGAACACCUUACGAUCAAACGUUCCAGGGCAUUGGAAUUGGACCUAUGGCGAACACAGAGAAACGGACACACGUUAUGAAAAACCCGGCCCCGCCCAUACAUACGAAUAUGAAGUGGCCAAAUUCUAAAUAUUUUUAGUCCUUUAUUAUAAAAUGAAGGUUUUAU